UUUAUGUUAUUUAUGAUAACCCGACCGUCACUUUUUAUUGUAUCUAAUUUCAGGUUUUUUUUUUAACAAAAACAAAAGAUUUAAUAAUAUUCCUUAAACGUAUUUUGUUACUUCGAUACAUUGGUGUUUUUUUCUAAGAACUGGGCGGUGCGUCGACCGAUUUUUGUUUUGUUAAGGACCCUUGUUGGGGGGAAGUGGGGAGUUGGUUCCCUGACCGCCUUGCAGCGGUUCGUGCAGGCGUACGUCGUGAAUGUGAGGGGGAGGGGUUGUGCGUGUACGUAAUGUUUAGAUGAUGAUAUGUAUAUGGCGUUGAAAGAAAUUUACAUGUCCCGCCAUUUCAUAAAGGUUUUAAUCUUUAUUGUCAAGUGAUAUACAUCGUUAAUCGUCAAGAGUAAAGAAGUGUUCUUAAAAGUUAUGUGAUUGUAAGUGUUAUUACUGUGAAUAUUCUCGUACAUACAUAAUUUUGGACCAACUUGCAAGGGUGUUCAGUAAAUUGUCCAUCAUCGUGAUAUCUCGCCUCCCACCGAAACAAUCAGAGUUCAAUUGCUGUUGGAAUCAAACUCAAGAUUUUUCUCAAAUUAUAAAAAUGGCGAAUGCUGCCUCGAGCCUGUUGAAUAUUUGAGGGGUUGAGCUCUUCAGAGCAACAAGGGGCGUGGUGAUGAAAGUGACCAGCUCCCUUGCGUUCAGACUGAAGCUCCUGUACUCGGUUGGCUUCUGUGUGUGGUACUUCAGGCGCGUGAGGAGGAAGCAGGGAAAGGACUAGUGAGCGUCUGGGGCUUGCCUCUUGUCUGGCCACCAUGCCAUUCGCCAAGCUGUCUCGGGACGCCAGGUUGGUGAAGGAGGAUGCCAGACCAUCCAAAGACAGUUCUUCGAGCCAGAGCACCCAAGAAACUACAGCCAGGGCCAUGAGAGCUCGGACCAGAAAAUCUAAUUUUCCUGACAUCGGCACCACCAAGCUGAAGAAAAAAAAGAUGUCUGACGAGGAAGAAUGCAUUAAGACAAAUUUUGCAAAUCAGAGCAAUUUGAGAGUUUAUAAGAAAAAAGUUGUAGUUAGUGCUAAGCAAGAUGAAAGUGCAAGCAGAGUCACAAUAGCGUGUAGCGGGGGCAGGCCUGGGACUUCUGCAUGUUCUGAAGUGGAGAAACGUGCGAGUGAUGGCGUUGCUGUUGAAGUGAACGGUGAGUCCUCCACAUCAACGUUGUCUCUGACGGGAUCAGCAUCCGAGAGUACGGCAGUUGCACCAACUACUGUAGUUCCUACACCUGUUAACGUGAUGCUAAUGCCAUCCUGUCCGACCAGUAUGCCUGCUCCAAGCGUAGCAUCGCCUGCUCCAAGCAUAGCAUCACCUGUGACAUUGCUUGCUGGCGAGCGCCUUCUACCAACCAAACCAUCAGCCGCGACUCUAGCAGUGUGUGUUGCACCUGAACCAUCUCGAGAUGCUCCAGGGACAUCUUCCGAAUGCUCCAGUUUGACUGGUGCCAGUUCUUCCACUUCUCUUAGGACAGUCCCUCAUCUCAUCACCAGGCGAGUCGAACAAUCGUCUGAUAACCACAAAGCGAAGUUGUCCACCAAUGAGAAAGCUACUGAUGAAUUGGAAGAAGAAAUCUUGCUUGGCAGUGGCACAUCUGUGUUGCUCAGUAUAGAGAAGAAGGUUUCAGCUAUUGAGCAGAAUGGCAUUGAUAAGUCCAAGACUGAGGAAGAAGCACAGGCUUCCACGUCACCGUGCGGGGAGGCGGCCGCAGAAGGGGACAGCCCCUCGAAGGAGCCGCCCGCGGCGGAGGAGAGCGAGCUGGAUGCUCAGGAGCGUGACGGCGUGGCCAAGUGCGAGGACUCCAAGGACUCCAAGGAAGACAAGCCGGACUUGCUCGAGGAUGCCCUGUCCACCUCUGGCAUCGUGGACGAGUCCCACCGGAGCAGCUUGCGGCUGGAGCGACGCCGCAGCUGGCGUCGGACGAUACCCACGCUGCAGCCGCCCAUCAGACGCGACCAGUUCUGCUGGACCUGCCACAAGGACAUCAAGGGGCAGAAGAAGAGCCAGGGGAAGCGGGCGGAGGAAGGCAAGGCCCUGGAGCAGCCCUUGCUGGUGAGCUGUGUGGCGUGCCCUCGCAUAUACCAUGCUCGCUGCGUCAAGAACGUCUCGUCUCGCACCGUCACCACCACCGACAACAACGUCAUGGAACUGAAGCUCUGCAUGGAGUGCGAGAGGAUAGUGGAUCAGGACGGCAGCUCAAACGAGAACGAAUUAAUGCGCAAGAUGUCAGUCGGGCAACUGAAGGCUGUUCUCACUUAUGCCUUGGAACGAGUCAUGGCAGCAGAUGGGUCAAAACACUUCAUGGAUCCCGUGGAUCCUCUCCAGCAUCCAGACUACUUGGAGUUCAUUGUGAACCCAAUGGACCUAAGUACAAUAAGGAGGAAGCUCAAGUUUUCAGAGUACACCUGCACGCAUGCAUUUAUCGUGGACUUGAAGUGGAUCGAGCAUAACUCUGUUAUAUUUAAUGGCGAACGUUCUAUGUUCACCACAUAUGCAAAAAUGAUGUUGAGGUGUGGCAAAGCAGAAGUUGAGAGGAUUGAAGCAUGUCCAGAUUGUUUUAGUAAUGCUUACAACUGUGGUGAAAACUGGUUUACAGAAGUUUGUAGGCGGCCUCAUGUGCUAGUGUGGGCGCAGAUGAAAAGCUGGCCGUCUUGGCCAGCGAAAGUAAUGUCUGUGAAGAAGGACAAAGUGGAUGUUCGUUUUUUUGGGGACCACAACCGCUCUAGGCUCAGCUUCACUGACUGCUACCUGUACAACAAGCACAUUCCUCAGUUGCCCCGUAAGAAGAAAAUAAAGGAUUCGUUUAAGAAAGCUCAGCAAGAAACAGAGUCUCACAUUGAGAAGUUGGAAUAUAAGUAUGGCCCAUUCAAAUAUGCAGAUCCUGAAGCUCGUUUCGACCCGCCAGUUAUUGAGAAAUUGCUGCAACUGCAGCUGUCGCAGUAUGAGCCGCUGCAGGACAGCAAGCCGGUGAGGUCUGCGAGGAGGAAGCGAGAUAGCACGAGGUCCUCUAGACAUCAGCCCAACAAGUCCCAGGCCCCACAGCAGCAGCAGCAGCAGCAGCAGCAGCAGCAGCAGCAGCAGCAGCAGCAGCAGCAGCAGCAGCAGCAGCAGCAGCAGCAGCAUCAACAACUGCAGCACUGCGACGUGACAGGUGGAGAGAAUCGCAGUGGUGUUGUACCUGAGAGUGAUAAGAAGAGCAACCCUGCUGUGAUAACAGACCCUGAGAGCACUGAGCAGUCAAACCAAGCUGAGGUCGAGAAAUUCACUGCUCCUUUAUCAGACCGCGAUGACUCUCGUGUGCCUGGUGAUGCUGAGGUCGAAGGAGAAACAACGGUCAGUGAAAGUGAUGUGGAGUGCAGUGGAGUUGAAAACAACGUUCUUGCGGAGCCUGAAAGCAGUAAUGUCGCAGGAGAUGGUGGUGUAAUUACAGUUACUGGAAAUGUGGAAGGUGAAUUAGAAGGGAGAGCAGGAAAUGGCACAGAUGCCGAGGUGAUGGAUGAAGACUUCACAUCUGAAAGAGAUUUGGGAGGGUUAGAAGACCACCCGAUCUCUGAUGAAAUCUGUCGGACAGGUACCAGCAGUUUGACUGAUGAAGAAUUGUCUACAGAAAUGUUGCAGACAGAGUCUACUGAAGAGGAAAGCCCUUUUCUUGGUGUUGGCAAUGAUACGUCAGAUGUAGAUAGUUCACUGAUUGAAGAUGAUGGUGACAAUGACAACGAUGGAGGCGAGGAGAAAAGUGUUAAUUCAGUUCAGGAUGGUGAAAGAGGAGCAGAUGUAAUCUGUCCGGCUGAUAGCCCCAAUUCUCAAAGCAUCACAGGGGAAGAGACUCUAGACAUGCUGUACAGCACCAGGCUGCUACCAGAAAUAGGCUGUGACUAUGAUGGGCUUGAGUACGAAAGUGACAGCCAACUUACAUCCAACUCAUCGGGGUGUGAGAGUCCUCCCAUUGCUGAUACUCAGCCUGAUAAAUGUGAUAAUGAUAAUGUGAUCUCUGCAAACACCACGGGAGAUUUGUUAGAAAAAACUAUGGGUAGUUGUAAAGUCAGUGAUUCUGUUCUUCACACUGACAAUUUAGAUGAAAGGAUUGCUGAGAAUUUUGAUUUGUUAGAAGAAGCUUGGAGUAGUUGUAAAGUCAAUGAUUCUGUUCUUGGUAGUGACAUUGUAGAUAAAAGGAUUCCUGGGAAUUGUGAUUUAAGAGAAGAUACUGGGGGUACUUGUAAAUAUAGUGAUUCUGUUCUUGGUACUGACAGUAUAGAUGAAAGGAUAGCUGAGAAUUGUGAUUUACUGGAAGAAGCUGGGGGUAGUUGUAAAGUCAGUGAUUUUGUUCUUGGGACUGACAAUGCAGAUGAAAAAAUUACUGAGAACUGUAAUUUACUGAAACAAGAGUGCAGUGCAACUGAUAAGUUGUCUUCAAAUGAAUCUGUUUUCACCGAAGAGGCUUUAGAUCCAAUGAAAUGUGUUGUGGCAGUGUUUCAGGAUGAUGGUGGGACUAAAAAAAAGCCUGAAAGUUUUUCUCCACAAGUGGAAUUUAAAAAAUCGGUAAUUAUGGAGAAUGUAUCAUCUGAAGGUAGCUGUGCAGUGAUUGAUAAACAGACUGCAGAUGGUGCCAAGUCAGUGUCUGAUAUUCCAGCAGACAUUUCUAGCCCAGUGAAACUUUGUGAAAAUUCAUCCAGUCCAUCUCCUGAAAGUUUGUUACAGAGUCAAAAUAUAAUUACUGCCACGUCAUCAAUUCCAGGAAUUCUACUACCUAUACCUGAUGCAUUGCUGAUGCCUAACACACUGGCAGUCCCUGAUGCUUUGUCUAGUUCUAAUACCUUGUCUAAUCCUGAUGCAUCGUUGCCUGUUCCUGAUUCAGUGCUUGUCCCUGAUCCAUUACCUGUUCCUUAUCCAUUACCAGUUCCUGAUCUAAUGCCUGUUCCUGAUGAUUUGCCUGUUUCUGAUAAAUGCCCCAUUAUUACGGGUAAAUUGCCAGUUCCCUGUCCAGGGAUCAUUUCUGAUACAUCACCAAUUUCAAAUGUGCUGCCCAUUCCUUGCACUGUACCUGUUUCAGACACUUUGCCUGUGUCUAACUUGUUGCCCGUUCCCGGUAGAAACAUGUCCGUAAAUGAAGAACCUUCAUUAAAGAAAUUUACAGGUAACACACCCCCAAAACGUUCACAAUCACCUUUGCCCUCUCAGAACUCAUUUCCUACUGCAAGAGUCUCUACCAUCCCACCACAAAGAACACCACUGGAGCCGAAGUCUCGGACAUCUCCAUCGAAGGCUGACUUAACACUUUCACAGCCAACCAUGAAGCAAGGAGCGAUUUCGCGACUCACAACAACUAAGGAAUCCCUACCUCUGCCAGCAUCAGGGUCUGGAGAUGAUCUUUUGUCAGCAGAUGGAAGUAACGGUUCCAUUGGCUCGCCAGUGCUUGAGCAAGUCUCUGAACCAUCAUCACACCCCCAGCUUGGGGAGGUUUUCGAAUCGAGCCAUGCCUGUCUGGGAGACUCCGACUCUGCACACUUGCCUCGUAAGAAGUGCCGGUUAUCAACAGAGACACAGGAGCGUUGCAGCACGAAACCAUAUGAACUGAAUAGCUCUUCGAACUCUGAGUCAGAGUGUUCUUCACGCAAAUCCAAACGACACUGUGGAGAGCACAGGUUCUCACAGAGUCCAAUGGAAUGUGAUGAGCAGUUGUCAGCCAGAAGUUUAGAGACGGAACCUGAGCAACACCAUAACAAGGUGCAGGCAUCAGAGUGGAACAGCUCCCUGGCAGACGAGUCAAGUCAGUCGCCUGAUGAAUCGAGUUGUUCGCCCGAGGCUCCGUGCGCGACGGACAGACUGAAGUCUCCCUCGUCUGCGGAACGGCCCUCGUUGGACACAACCAGCUCGCCCCUGGCUGCUGGGGCAAGUGUGCCCUCGCAAGUUGGUGUGGCUCUGGCGGGCUACAGGCAGAAUGGCUCGUGGGAAUCUGGGCAUUGCCGCCCUGUGCGACACAUAGAUGAUGACAACGAAGACUUGCGCUUGAUGAUAAGCUCUUUUGAUCAGGCCAUUGAAGAGUGGAAGCGAAAUUCUCUUGUGCCCGUAUUCAAAAGAAUAAUUGGGAAUGUGUACGAAAGGACGGCGCCUGAAGAAUACUGCAAUGACAGUCAACACCAAGAACAGCUGAAGGAGCUCCAACUAGCACAGAGCCACCACGUGAAGGAGGUGAAGGCGGUGUACACCCGGAAGAUGAAGUCGGUGUUCAAGCUGGUGCACAAGCACGUGUCGAACGUGACGGCGAAGGCCCGCCAGGAGGUGGAGGCGGCGAGGGAGGCGGCGAGGGAGGCCGCCAGGAGCCGGGAGGCCCUGGAGGCGAGGAUCGAGAGCCUUGAGCAGCAGUUGGACGAGUCGAGGGGCGUGGUGUGGUGUGCCACCUGCCGGCGGAGCCGGUCCACCUUCCUGUGCUGCUCCCAGUCCGGCUACUGCUCCGAGGCGUGCCAGGUUGCUGACUGGCCUGACCACAGCCAGAACUGCACCUCCAUCAACCCCCGUUCCAGUCUGCAGUCCUCCACGCUGCCCCCCUCACCGACCGAGGGGGAGGACCCGGACAGCGCCAGCAACAACGGCGAGGUGCGCAUGUCGUCGGGCAAGCGCAAGCGGUGCGGGCGUUGCGACGGCUGCAGGGUCCCCAACAGCUGCGGCACCUGCGGCCCGUGCCGGAACCGCAGCCGCACCCACCAGGUGUGCAAGCUGCGGCAGUGCGCAGUGCUCAUGUCGUCCCGCAAGAGGAGCGCCAAGAGGCCGCCACAGUCUGCAUCCAUAAACGACUCUUCCUCAAACUACGCGCCAAGUCCCGGCUCGUUCUACACGAUGGCCGGGAUGUCAUGCGGCCCUUCGACCGUUGGCAACUUCACCCCGCCAAAUUUAAUGCCGGGCUUCCCGCCUAACGCCUACCAGCCGGCCAUGAUGUACGACCAGAUGAGCCAGAUGCAGUCGCCAGGCAUGUACGAGCAGCAGAGCAGGUACCCGGUGGGGGCUUCGCAGCUGGGGCCGCCCGGCGGCUACCACGACUCCGGCCCCUCGUCGGACAUGCCCUGUGCCCCCGUCGAUGUUCCGAGCAGCGCGCCUCCUGCUUCGGUCACAGUCCACCUGAACAAGACCCAGUCCGUGGAUCGGCCCGGCAACGGCUCCAAAGUACUGAAGGAGUCCUUGGAGCGCGAGAUGGUGAUUCGCAGGCUCGUGCCCAUUGGCCGUGCCGCCGACGGGAAUUGCCGGCAGGGCCAGAUUCCUCCCGAGGUCUUAGAGAGGCUGGUCCCCGUGCGGACUCGCGGGAAGAACCCCGGAUCCGUUCCCCGCGGCGCGGAGCCGUUUGCGGAGUGGCACGACGGUGGCCCGAGGCCCGCCGCGCCCGGCCCCCAGUUCCAGCCGGUGCCCGGCUACAGCCAUCAGUGCCACCCGGACGAGCUGGAGCCGCCCUCCGCUGACGGCAGUGGCGAGCAGUGGCCUCCCGACUGCGAGGACCCGCUUGCGCCCAGCGAGGACUGCAAGCCCCUCUACCCCAGGUAGCCCCGCGGUGCUGCCAGCUGCACCGGACAGUGAGUGCUGGAGAUGGUACAAUCAUCAUUACAUACAAGUAUUUUUGUUAAGAAAGAAGAAAGUGUAAGCAAAAAGGAAAAUUGUGCAAUUGUGCCGCCACCACCACCACCACCACCAAACACCCCCCCCCCCCCCCCCCCCCCCCCCCCCCCCCUUUCUUCCAUUGAGACUUAGUUCCGAAAUGUAAACUGUAUGCAGUGUUUACUUCUAGAGGCUAGCAUAUUGAAACGUGUGUUAAGACAGUGCUUUUUUUUUUGUGGUGGAGUUGAGAGAGUUUUAGAGUUUAAAAAAAAAAAUUUAGAUUUUUUAUACUGUCAUUAAUGUGUUGUUUUUUUUUUUCUGGCACACAAUUUUGACGGUUGUGUGGGUUUUGUCUGAGCAUGUUAAGAAAGGAAAUUUGAUGUUUGGUUUGUAAUCACUAAACUCGAAUGAAUUACAUCUUUAAAAGUUUGAUGAUUUACAGAGACAAAGUCUUUACGUAAUUAAAUACAUUGCGAUAAAAUUUCAUUCCCCUAACAUUUUAGCAGUCUGCAAUAAAAAAUUGACUUUCUUGCGUAAAAUAAUUUCACACAUACCUAAAACCCUUUGCUAUUAAUUUUAGGGAAAUAAGUUAGUGUAUGGAUUUUAACUAAUAAUAUUGAAAUAAUUUAUUUUAUUUUGACAAGUUUGCUUUAUUAUUGGUGUGAAAACAAUGAAGUUGAUUUUAAUAUGGAUAAUAAUUAGAAUACUAUUCUCGUAAAUAUAAUUUGUUGUAAAUGAAAAAAAUAAUGUAAUACCUGCAAGUUGAAACAGUGUUUGUAAAAAUUUGUACUAUGUAUGUAUAAUAUAUUUGUUUUUCUUAAUUUUUAUCACAUUGAAAACCUUGCAAUAUAUUUUGUGUUUAUUGACACUUUACCUGUCUUGAUUCACAUAUUCAAUGAGUAAUUUCAUUGUAAUUUAUCUUUAUACAUAAAUUAUACAAUGGAACCUUGCUGAUACCAGUACAGGAUGUUACGAGAAGUCCAAAAUUAAGAAUGUUUUGAAAUGCACUGUUAGUUGAGUUUAGAAACCAAGGUACAUUUGUACGAUACUCACGAGUUAUUUACUCUGCCUCUUUAAAAAAAACUAUGUACAUUUUUGGAAGGUGUGAAAAUCUAACUUUGGACUUGUAUUGCAUCAUCUGUUUUGAGUACACAUUACGAGAAAUUCUUUGUAUUUGUAAGGUUCCACUGUGUAUUGUUUUUUUUUUUUUUUUUUUUUAAGGUAUGGCUUUUUGUCUGGAGAUUGGAAAUUACUAUGGCAUUUGUUCAUUUAGUCUUCAAAUGUUUUAAUGUUCAUAUAUAUAGAUAAUAAAUGUUUUUUUA